AUGCGUGCCGCGGGCCAGUUCGCGAGCGUGGCUCACCCGUUGGCGGUUUCACUUUCGCGGGCCGAUGCCCCUCGGACAGCCUCGGCACACAUCGGCGUGCCGGGUCAAGGCCGGGAGCGGAAGAGCGGGACGGGCCUUGACACCUAUGAGACGAAUUCGGUUGCGAUUCAAAACGCUAGGGCGCGAAUUUCGCCCGCGCGAGUU